CAAAUUUUAUUUGUACAAUCACGUAAUUUGUUUAUGCUGAUCACCAUUAAAUAAUUUUUUCUAUUUAAAUAAUCCUUUAUUUUUUAAUUUUUUUUAAUUCAGAAUCAUGUUAUCUCAAGACGAUUUUGUAUGUAAAUAUUGUGGUAAAUUAUAUACGGAGAGAUAUGGUAAGUGGUGCAAACCAUGCCAAAUAGAUAAUUUAAGAAAUAAUUUUAAAAACUGGACCAGUGGAAACGAAAAAAUUGAUGAAUUAAUUCAAGAAAUGCAAUUAAAAAUUAAUCAUGAUUAUGAUACAAUAGUUGAAUGGAUACCAUAUAAUCAAUUUAAAGACAUCAAAGAAAUAGGCAGAGAUGAUUCCACUGCACUAUAUUCAGCAAUAUGGAUAGAUGGCCCAUUAGAAUAUAAUAGAUAUAGUAGUAAUAAAAAGGAAUGGAUAAAGAAGCCUAAUAAAAAAGUUUCUUUAAAGUGUUUAUAUAAUUCACAAAGUAUCACCAAUGAAUUUUUAAAUGAGGUCAAUUCAUAUACUAUUAAAACCCACGAAAAAGAUAUUUUUAAAAUAUAUGGAAUAACCCAAAAUCCAGAAACAAAAGAUUAUAUUAUAGUAUUUCAAUAUGAUUAUUGCGAAUACUGUGGCAAAAUAUAUACAAAUAUGUGUAAAAUUUGUCUAUGUUUUAUUAAAAGUGAUUGGACCAGCGGAAAUGAAAAAAUUGAUGAAUUCAUCCAAGAAAUGCAAUUAGCAAAUGUUAGUAAACAUGGUACAUUUUUUGAAUGGAUACCUUAUAUCCGGUUUAAUGAUAUUAAGCAAAUAGGCAAAGAUGAUUCUACUACAUUAUUAUAUUCAGCAAUAUGGAUGGAUGGGCCAUUAGAAUAUAAACAUGAUACAAGAAAGCCAUGGAAAAGAGUACCUAAUGAGAAAGUUGUAUUAAAGUGGUUGUGUAAUUCACAAAGUAUUGUCAAUGAAUUUUUAAAUGAGAUAUAAUAUGAUGAAUGAUAUUCCAAAAAUAUAUGGAAUAACCCAAAAUCCAGAUACAAAUGAUUAUAUUAUGGUAUUUCAAGAUGAUUAUUGCAAAUACUGUGGCAAAGUAUAUACAUAUAAGAACUGUACAUUCUGUACGCCAUGUCAAAUAAAUAAAUUAAAACAAAAUUUUACAAGCUGGACCAGUGGAAAUGAAAAAAUUGAUGAACUCAUUCAAGAAAUGCAAUUGAAAAUUGACCCUUAUCAUAACACAAUGAUAAUAGUCGAAUGGAUACCUUAUAACCAGUUUAUUGAAAUUAAAGAAUUAAAUAAGAAUAGUUCUGGUACACUAUAUUCAGC